UGAGGCACCUUUCAUGCUAUAUGUGCAGUAUCGCAGAGAAAGCGCUCCGGGAGGCUACCCCGCGUAAAGGGCGCUAUAUAAAUGCAAGUUGUUGUUGCUGUAUCCAAUGCAAGGACAAUUUAUUCAUAUAUUAUUACCUGCACCAGGCUAUGUUUUCUGAGCAACUCUGUACUUAAUACUCUUAUUAUUCAAUGCUGUUACAGACACAGCGAUACACAGAUGGAGAGGGACAGCUUAGUAGUGAGGCCUCAUUUAAAAAAAUGAUUGAAUGUGAACGUGGGAAACAGACGGGAUGAGUGAAAGGGAGAGGAAAAGUAAAAGAAUGCCAGGGGAGCACAAGAAACCUGUAAACAUGGAAGAGAAGGAGUCCUCGGUUUUCAGCACAGAGAAUCGGAGCAGUAAAGACAAAGAGAGCACGGAGAGGAGGGUCUCCUCAAACCGAGACAAGGGCCGCGACGAUUCCAAAGGCAGCAGCAGAAGGGAGAGCGUCAAGGCUGUCGAUGAGAAGAAGAAGAGGCAAGAGGACGAGAAGCGAAAGAAGGAAGAUGAGAAGCGCAGGAAGAAGGAGGAGGAGAAGCUGAAAGCGGAAGAAGAGCAGCGCAAGAAGGAGGAGGAAGAGAAGCAGAAACUCGAAGAGGAUGAAAGGCGGAAACAGGAAGAAGAGGAGAGAAGGCAGCGGGAAGAGGAAGCAGCUCGUCAAAGAGAAAUGGAAGAAGCGCAUCAGCUGCAUCAGGAGGCUUGGGAGCGCCAUCAGGCCAGGGUGGAACUCCGCAGCAAGAAUCAGGGCGCACACGAGGGGCGCCCCGAGGAGAGCUUCUUCACCAGGCUGGACUCCAGCCUGAAGAAAAACACCGCCUUCGUCAAGAAGCUGAGGACCAUAACCGAGCAGCAAAGAGACUCUCUGUCCAGCGACUUCAACAGCCUUAACCUGAGCAAGUACAUUGCGGAGGCUGUGGCCUCGGUCGUGGAAGCCAAACUGAAAUUGUCCGACGUGAACUGCGCCGUUCACCUGUGUUCCCUCUUCCACCUGCGCUACGUGGACUUUGCCCCUCUGCUCCUCCAGGCCUGGAAGAAGCACUUCGAAGCCAGGAGGGAGGAGAAAACUCCCAACAUCAGCAAACUGAGAACGGACCUGCGCUUCAUCGCCGAGCUGACUAUCGUGGGGAUUUUCACCGACAAGGAGGGGCUGUCGCUCAUCUACGAGCAGCUGAAGAACAUCAUCAACGCGGACCGCGACUCCCACACGCACGUGUCCGUUGUCAUCAGUUUCUGCCGUCACUGCGGAGACGAUAUCCCCGGCCUGGUGACCAGGAAGAUGAAGCUGGCCUCGGAGAAGUACAGCCUGAGCUUCCCCCCCAGCGAGAUCAUCAACGCUGAGAAGCAGCAGCCCUUCAUGAACCUCCUGAGAGAGUACUUCACCUCGCUCACCAAACACCUCAAGAAAGAUCACCGCGAGCUGCAGAAUUUGGAGAGGCAGAACAGGCGAAUCUUACAUUCGAAAGGGGAGCUGAGUGAAGAUCGACACAAACAGUACGAGGAAUUUGCCACCUCCUACCAGAAGCUGCUGGCUAACACCCAGAGUCUCACUGACCUGCUGGAUGAGAACAUGCCAGAGCUACCCCAAGAUAAAUCCGCACAGGAAGAGCACGGCACCGGCAUUGACAUCUUUACGCCUGGAAAACCUGGAGAGUAUGACUUGGAUGGCGGAAUCUGGGAGGAUGAGGAUGCCCGGAAUUUCUACGAGAACCUCAUUGACCUGAAGGUCUUUGUGCCAGCCAUAUUGUUCAAAGACAAUGAAAAGAGCAAAGACUCCAGCAAGGAAGAACCGAAAGAUCCCAAGGAUGCAAAAGACUCCAAAGAGGUGGCCCCAGCAGAGGAGCUGGAUUUGGAAUUGGAGAAUCUGGAUAUUAAUGAUGAAAUUAUGGAAGAUGAAGGAGUAGAUGAGCCUGAGGACCUUACUCAGAAGAUUUUGGAAGAACAUGAGCAAGAGGAUGAAGAAACCAGCACUGGUUCACACCUCAAACUGAUAGUGGACGCGUUUCUCCAGCAGUUACCCAACUGCGUCAACCGUGACUUGAUAGACAAGGCUGCAAUGGAUUUCUGCAUGAACAUGAACACGAAAGCUAACAGGAGGAAGCUGGUGCGAGCUCUGUUCACCGUGCCCAGGCAGAGAUUGGACUUGCUUCCGUUUUACGCCCGUCUAGUUGCCACUUUGCACCCGUGCAUGUCUGAUUUGGCCGAGGACCUGUGUGCCAUGUUGAAGGGGGACUUUCGAUUUCACGUCAGGAAGAAGGAUCAGAUCAAUAUUGAAACAAAGAAUAAGACCGUGCGCUUUAUCGGGGAGCUUACAAAGUUUAAAAUGUUCAUGAAGAAUGAUUCUCUGCAUUGCCUGAAGAUGCUUUUGUCUGAUUUUUCCCACCAUCACAUCGAGAUGGCUUGCACACUUCUGGAAACAACCGGCCGCUUUCUCUUCCGAUCUCCUGAAUCGCAUUUGAGGACCAGCGUUCUCCUGGAACAAAUGAUGCGCAAGAAACAGGCCAUGCACUUAGAUGCCCGCUAUGUUACCAUGGUGGAAAAUGCUUACUACUACUGCAAUCCCCCGCCUGUGGAGAAAACGGUGAGGAAGAAACGGCCUCCCCUUCAGGAAUACAUCCGCAAGCUUCUGUACAAAGACUUGUCCAAAGUCACCACAGAAAAGGUGUUGAGACAGAUGAGGAAGUUGGCCUGGCAGGACCCAGAAGUGAAGGAGUACGUUAUUAACUGUAUGAUCAACAUCUGGAAUGUGAAAUACAACAGCAUCCACUGCGUGGCUAACCUGCUGGCAGGAUUGGUGCCCUAUCAGGAAGACGUGGGAAUUCACGUGGUGGAUGGAGUGCUGGAGGACAUCCGACUGGGAAUGGAGGUCAACCAGCCCAAAUUUAACCAGCGGCGUAUAAGCAGCGUGAAGUUCCUGGGGGAGCUGUACAAUUAUAGAAUGGUGGAGUCGGCGGUCAUCUUCCGAAUUCUUUAUUCCUUCAUCACGUUCGGCGUGAGCACGGACGGCAGCGCAACACCUCUGGACCCCCCGGAACACUUAUUCCGAAUCCGUCUGGUCUGCACCUUGCUGGACACUUGCGGACAGUAUUUUGAUCGAGGGUCCAGCAAACGCAAGCUGGACUGUUUCCUUGUAUAUUUUCAGCGUUACAUCUGGUGGAAAAAGACUUUAGCGGUGUGGACAAAGGACCACCCCUUCCCAAUCGACGUUGACUACAUGAUCAGCGACAUCCUCGAGCUCCUCCGACCGAAGAUGAAGUUCUGCAGCUCCACCGAGGAUGCCCUCAAGCAGGUUCAAGAGCUUGAGCGGGAAUUCCUGAUCAAACUGGGGCUCGUCAUCGAUGGGAAGGAAUCCAAGUCGGAAAAGCUCUCCCAUAUCGGAGAAGGGGAGGAAAACCAAGAUGACGAUGAUGACGAAGAGGAAGAGGAAGGCGGAGGAGGAGAGACGGAGGAGCAGUCCGGCAACGAGAGUGAAAUGAACGAGCAUGAAGAAGAGGAUGCUUCUGAGAACGAGGAGGAAGAGGAGGAGGAGGAGGAAGAGAAUACCGAUUAUAUGACCGACUCCAAUAAAGAAAAUGAAACCGAUGAAGAUAAUAACGAGGUAAUGAUGAAGGGUGGAGGGCUCAAGCGGCUGCCUUGUGCCGAAGAUGAAGAAUUUAUUCAGGCUUUGGAUAAAAUGAUGCUUGAAAAUCUGCAGCAGCGGAGCGGUGAGUCGGUCAAGGUGCACCAGCUGGACGUAGCCAUUCCCCUGCAGCUGAAGAGCCAGCUGAAGAAAGGCCCCCCACCUCCAGGAGGGGGAGAGGGGGAUUCCGAAACCUCGGAGACCAUGCAGUUCGUGAUGCUGACCAGGAAGGGCAACAAGCAGCAGUUUAAGAUCCUGAAUGUACCGAUGAACUCCCAGCUCGCCGCAAACCACUGGAACCAGCAGCAGGCGGAGCAGGAGGAGAGAAUGCGCAUGAAGAAGCUAACGCUGGACAUCAAUGAGCGUCAGGAACAGGAAGAUUAUCAGGAGAUGUUACAGUCGUUGGCUCAGCGACCGGCUCCAGCGAACACCAAUCGGGAGCGACGGCCUCGAUACCAGCAUCCUAAAGGAGCACCGAACGCUGAUCUUAUCUUCAAGACUGGGGGAAGGCGACGUUGAUGAGAGUGCUCGGGAGCACUUUGACUUGCCCUCUGUACCUCUGAUCUCCAGGGUAACUGGGCCCUCCAUGCAGAGCAGUGGAUACAUCUAUCUCACCAUGGCUGUCUAGGGAUCAGCACACGUGCCUGGUACGACCCAGGCCUUGGGCAGAUAUGCCAGCCUCCGACGACAGCGCAAAGCGGCUGGCAGGCUAAACAAAACAACAACAAAAAAAGAAUUGAUCACGCGUCUACAAACAACAACAAAAAAACACUCGACGGAGUGUUAAAUCUUUUCCAUCUCUUGUGAGGGGGAGGGGGGGGGGAGGAGGGAGAAAACCCGAUGUUAGAAAGAGUCCGAAACAGCGAGGUGAGCCGACA